AUGCUACCUUCCGCACAAAUCUCCAGGGAGAUAGAUGGUGCCCAGACCGAGGUGUUACUGCAAGCUUUCGCAGAUCGCAUCCUCGUCCUUGUCUCCCAGAUAGGAAAAGUGGGCAACCUAAUACAAGCCACGAUUCCUGCGACUACACCGCUAGAUCCACCGCCGCCUCCUGAUCCUUCCGAACCGAACCUCACACCACUCCCUGUCCCUCCGCCUGCGAUACAACUCACGCCACUACUUGGACAUGGCCCUUCAGAGAACAUGCAGACACUGCAUGCACUUUAUGCUUCGCAAAUCGCAACACUCGUGUGGAUCGCGGAAGCUGAGGAAGCAUUAGAGGCCGAACGACGGGGUGUGGUGGUCGGACUAGCGCUACGUAAAUCAGAGGCUACAACGGGUAGCACGCUCAGCGAACAUGAGAGGAGAGUAUUUCAUGGUGUGAUGGAGAUAGUGAGAGAGCUUCUGCAGCGCAAAUAG